ACUUGGUGCAGCUGGCCUCAGAUGCUGUUUCUUCACAAAGGACACACUACUGUGUGAUUGGUGGGCAUAGAAGCAGUAAUUGCUGACAGAAGCACGCUUGUGAACUUGGCUGUAAAUUCAUGAACAGGCAUUACAGUGUUUCUGUCUCUGCAAGCCAAAGUACUCUCAUGCUGAAGAACUUCUUCCUCAGAUCCACUCUGAGCAGCCCUGCUCUCCCUCAGCUUCAAACCAUUCCCCUUGCCCUGUCUUUAGACACCCUUAUGGAAAAAGUCCCUCUGCAGCCUUCCUGCUGCUGGUUCCCUUCAGGUACUGGGAGGUAGCUUUAAAGUCUCCCUGGAGUCUUGUCCCCUUCAGGCUGAGCAGCCCCAGCUCCCUCAGCCUAUCCUCUUAGAAGUGCUCCAGCCCUUGGCUCAUCCUCGUGGUCCUGCUCUGAACUGGUUCCAGCAGUUUUUUGUUCUUCAGCUGGACUGUGGCCAUGUGGAAUGUUUUGGGUUGUGCUUUUGCCUUUGCAUGCUGAAAGACUUCCUGUGUUACCUUAGUAGUACGUUUCAUGUGCAAGGUUCCUGUCUGUGAUCUCUUGCUGCUGGGGAAGUCAUGAGCUACCUGUGGGGGUGUGAAAUGCACGAGCUGACCAUCCGUACUACCGUCGCCUUGAAUGCCUCCAACCAGCAGUGUUUGCUGCCAGACAGACACCUGGAGAAGACAGAGGACAUGGUUAAGUUCAUGGAGGAUAUCUUGGAUGGUGCUGCUGAAGCACAGGCUGGUGAUGGACUUCUGCAACGAAGCAAGAGAGUCAUCUAUGAGGCCAAGGCUGCUGUAAUGGGAGCUGAACUGCUUUGCCCCAGCCCAGCUGCAGAUCUGCACUCAGCCUCAGCCCCAAGCCCUGGCAGGGUGGGAUGCUUUGGUACCAGGCCGUGGAGCUGUUUGAAAUGCAAUUGCUGCUUGCAGCUGGUUCAGAAAUGGAUUUCCUGUGGCUGUGGGGGCAGAAAUGUCUCUGUGGUGAGUUGGUGUCAAGUGCCAGCCUUGCUUAAAGCCUUCUCUUAGGCCUUUCAGUGUGCUGAUGGUUGCAGAGGAGAAGCUCAGGGUGUGAGGGAGUGAAAACUGAAGGGGGUGUUCAGGUGUGGGGAGAGGCCUCUGCCCUGGAGAGGCUGCUGGGCAGUGCUGCUGCAGCUAAGGUCUCCCUCGGGGAGCUGUUCCCCUCUGGGGCACUCUGGGGGCACUGUGCAGGAGGUGGCAGCCAGAAGGCAGAGCUGCCUGGGCCUCGUUGCUGUGCUGGCCAAAGCAGGUCACUUGUGCAGCUGUGCCACUUGCUGCUCAGGGCUGUGCUUGGGCAGAGAGGCAGCUGUGCCAGCAGCCUGUGCCGCAGUGCAGUUGGUGCUGGUGCAGUGGAGCCUUUGCAGCUUGGCUCUGGGCUGAUGGCAGUGGAGCCCCAGAGGCAGCGGUGCCAGGGCAGCUCAGCAGGGGCUGGGCUAGGGGCCGAGGCUGUGCUGCCUGCAGAGGCUUUUGUGUGCCUGUGUCGGGGUGGAUUUCACAUCCUUUUACUGCUGGGAUGUGCUCCUGCUGCUGCCUUUCUGCUGCCCGGCUGG